ACCAUCCGCUAGCACAAUGCAGGACUCCCGACCUAUGGCGGGCAGUGCCACUGCAAUUCAUCGAUGAUCGCAUGCCGUGACCUCCAGCUAAAGUCCGGCGUUUAUAACUGGCGAUCAAAAAAUGUUUUGAUAAUAGAGCGCUUAGCCUAGCAAUGGUAGUCUUCGGAGGUAUGAUCAAUGCUCCCGUACAGCCCGUCGCAGGUGUUGUGAUUGAAUCAUCGAGACGUGUUAUGCUGUCUUCAACCAUCCCCUUGUUCUGGAGGCUCUGUCCGUUGCUCGACUCGCUGAGGCUCUAGUCAUCCAAUCUUCUCCUUGCCAGCGAAAGGUCGCGUGAUUAACACUGCCUAGGCCUUGUAGAUAUGUUCCAUACAUUUAAUCCGUUCGAAGGCAUCCAGGGUGACCAUUCCGUGGAUAUUAAGUGCGAGGUUAUAGAAAAUACGUCACCGAACCAACGAUCCCCCUCAAACUCUACCCGCACUUUCUCAAAUACUCAACGUCGCACUGUGUCGUCCUCACCCGUUGCCCUUCGGCUUUAUUCCUCUACUGGUUCUCCCUCUAGACGAACGCACUCUCAAUCCUCAAGCCUUCGACAGGCUCAUUCAAAGAGGGAUUCUCGUAAAGUGUUUGAUCGACGCACGACCAUGACCCAUCCUUUUUCUUCGAGGGGAACGCCUAGUCGGAUGCUUUACUCUCAAUCGGAUUCCCCUGAGCGAAGGUCUGUGGACAAUGGGCAACGCGUCAUGCAGUCACCGCCUCACACACUGCCAAGCCCUUUUGUCCAGUCUCAUGGAAACAUGGAUAUAGGCCCACAAGCGUCCGGUUCCGGCUUGGCUCCGACAUCAAGCCUGUCUGGCGCCGUCGGGGACAUGAACAUUCCCCCACACUUAUGGAAUGCUGUAACCAGACCUCCUUACUCAAAUACACCGACAUCUUGGGUGCCUGGUGCUCACAAUAUGUCCAAUAUUCCGCCAAACAUGCAAUCCAGUAUUCAUUCCACCGUUCCCUACAAUACCACUCCUACCAUAGGUCUUGAUACACCACACCUUAACCAUCCAUCUGCCACACCAAGGUCUCCACCAUUUGCGCAAACCUAUCCAAGUCAAAUAUCAUUUCAACAAGACCGUGCUUCUCAAAACUCUCCCGCCGUUAUGCUGGGCCGCCCAGGAUCUCGGAUGUCAUUUGAUCGGUCUCGCCGCCCUUCACAGGACGCCAUGGAAGAAGAAAACAAACACCUUCGAAAGAAGGUGAAAGACCUUGAGCUACAAAAUGAAAAAGGCCGUCAGCGUAUCAAGGAGCUUGAAGCAGAAUUAGCGGGCCGCAGCAUCGCUAACACUUCAAUGAGACACCCAGGGCCGUCCACGAGUACAGCUACUUCUGCAGCAUCUAGUACUCUGCCCACUCUGGCCGUGCAGGCAGCCUGGAAAGCUCGGACAGAAGCUCGCAUACGGCUGUUCUGUUCGUUGAAUCGCGCUGGAAAUGCGUUAUGCUCCUGGCACGAUUCGCGUCGAGAGCGUCGAAUACACCCACCCCGUAUGGCUCCUCCCGGUUAUUUAAACUGUGGUUGCACAUAUGAAGAGGCGCUUUUCGAAGAAAGUUUGUCUCGUCAUGGUGUUGGCAGCUACCACCCUGGAGAGGCCGUACGUAUGGACCCUGCCCUUCGUAACCCUCUCCUCAACUUACUGCAGGAGCGAUAUGGAUACAGGGAUGGUGACUUUGAAAGAAAUCCGGUAACGGGGGAUUGGGAAGACGGAGAGGGAAGCGCCUUUUGGGAGCAGAAACUGCAAUCGGGUGCCUCUAACUCUAGGAAAAGAGGCGACGAUCGUCGGUAAGCCUUGGGCAUUGUGAAUAUUUAUGUUAUGUGCAUCUUCCCGCAUCGACUUCUCUUUCAGAUUGCAUACUGUAUUCCAUAUUCUUGCGUCUCACCUUUUAGUCUUGUCUACAAUUGCUGGUUUGGCACUGACACUUGUUCUUAUAUUAUCAAACGUUGUACCCAUAGACAACUUAUAAUUAUGUAUUUACAUGGACUCACUAUCAAAAUUGACGAAUAAUUCAUCAGCCGUAAGUGCUGUUAAUUGUUA